UAUAUUGUUAAGGGGACUGACCAGAUGGUUGGCAGGUAAAAGGAUCUGCUGUCAUAUCUGGUGACGUGAGUUCAAUUCCCAGAACCCACAGGAUGAAGAGAACUGACUCCCUCAAGUUCAAACUCAUACGCACAUGCAAAUGAAUGCAUGCAAUUAAAAAUUUUAAGUAUAUAUAGGUAAGUGGAGAGGAAUAAAGUGAAAGAUUAUAAUCACAUAAGCUAUAUGCAAAAUAAUAGCACUCCUGUGCUGUGUGAUUCUCCUCCUGUAGAAAUGUGAACACAUGAGGGCACCAAGAACAAGCCAAAGAAAAUGCUUCCACUUGAGUCGAAUUUAGUGAAACAGUGGGUAUAUUGGAGGUAUUUACAGGAAUGUGGGUAACUCAAAGACAGCUGCAUCACAGAAAAGCCUAGGCCACUAUGGAUGAAACUCACAAAAGUUGUAUCCCUGGAGCUCCCUGAAGGACUUGCACAUCCAAUGGUCCUGGAGUCUUCCUCCUAGCCAUGAUCCCUGCUUGUAUAGCCUGGGGUAGGGGUGGGCCUACAGCUUCCUUGGACUGAAGCUGUAAACUAGGUUCAUUUCUGGAGGUUUAUGAGACUCGCUCCUCUAGGAAGCAAUAUUUCAAUUCAGAGGAAACUGUACGUGCAUAUAAAAAUAGUUACUAGCGUAAGAGGUUGGCAUUCUUGUAAAGGAGCGAUAGAGCACUUGGUGGGAGUUACAGGUUCUCUAAUUCUCCAUGUCUUGUGUAUAUAUAAUGUUUAAAUUGUGUACAAAUAGGAACUGGUGAGAUGGCUCAGUGACCAAGAGCUACUGCUCUUUGCAGAGAAACUACAUUUGGUUCUCAGCACCCACAUAGUUCCAGAAAAUCUGAUGCCCUCUUCUGACCUUUGUAGGUAACAGGCUACCGCGCUGUAGCAGUCUUCAGACACACCAGAAGAGGGCAUCGUAUCUCAUUACACACACACACCACGUGUACAGGCAAAACAAUCAUACACAAAAAUGUCUAAAAAAUGUUUAAGCUGUAUAUAAAUAAUGGGGUUUGAUUUGAAGACACGAUACUCAUAUAUAGACCCAGAUGUACUUCAACGUGAGGAUUAGAACUUGGAUUGCCUUAGUCGAUGAACCUCUCAGCAGAUUUUAAGGCGAACUGAUCAAAUUUAUUGUUCAUAGGAGGCAACCUGGCGAUAAAGACUAGCCCACCUGAAAAGGCCAACCUCAACCUCCACGAUAGAAUCCCCAGCCAAAAAUGAAGGUGUGCGUGAAAGAAAGCACAUCGUGCCUGCGCGCAGCGCCCUGCGCCAUAGCAUCUUGUAGCUCCAAAUCGCCAAUCAAAUGCGUCGCUGGACGCAGGCGCGUUACGCUCUGAUGCAGCCAAGAUGGCGGCGCCCAGUCGGCUUCCACUGGCCUAACUAUUCUGUGCGUCUCCAGCUUCUCUCGGCAUGUUCCUUCUCCGGGACUGUGGCCGCUGGGCCUCAGCGUCCCUCGGCAGACGGUUGCCUUUGCGUCGCCUCCGCAGCGACAGCGCGGCACCCUGCAGCCCGCACUUCGACGUGGUAGUUAUCGGAGGAGGGCACGCGGGGACCGAGGCGGCCGCCGCCGCUGCUCGUUGUGGCUCGCGGACUCUGCUCCUCACACACCGGGUGGACACAAUCGCUGAUGGAAGUACAAUGCAUGCAGAGAGUGUAGUCCUGACCACUGGGACCUUUCUGAGAGGCGCGCUCAUCAUUGGACUGGAGGUGCAUCCUGCAGGACGCUUGGGGGAUCAGCCCUCCAUAGGGUUGGCUCAGACUCUGGAGAAGUUGGGGUUUAUGGUAGGAAGACUGAAGACUGGAACUCCACCCCGACUCGCCAAAGAGUCCAUUAAUUUCAGCAUUCUACACGAGCACACAGCAGAUAACCCACCCAUCCCGUUCAGCUUUCUCAGUGACGAUGUGUGGAUCAAGCCGGAAGAUCAGCUGCCAUGCUACUUGACUCACACCAACCCCAGAGUGGAUGAGCUCGUCCUUGAGAACCUUCACCUGAAUAGCCAUGUUAAAGAAACUACCAGAGGGCCCCGAUACUGUCCCUCUAUUGAAUCAAAGGUUUUACGUUUUCCAAACCGUCUGCAUCAGGUUUGGUUGGAGCCUGAAGGAAUGGAUUCUGAUCUCAUCUACCCACAAGGGUUGUCUGUUACACUACCAGCCGAGUUACAGGAGAAAAUGAUAACAUGCAUCAGAGGCUUGGAGAAAGCCAAAAUGGUCCAUCCAGGCUAUGGUGUUCAGUACGAUUAUUUAGAUCCCCGUCAGAUCAGUCCUUCCCUCGAGACGCAUUUGGUUCAGCGGUUGUUCUUUGCUGGACAAAUAAAUGGAACCACAGGCUACGAGGAAGCUGCAGCUCAGGGGGUGAUAGCUGGAAUCAAUGCCAGUCUGAGAGUCAGUCGAAAACCACCCUUUGUUGUGAGCCGCACAGAAGGCUAUAUAGGAGUCUUGAUUGAUGACCUCACCACCCUGGGCACCAGCGAGCCGUACCGAAUGUUCACUAGCAGAGUAGAGUUCCGUCUGUCACUGCGCCCAGAUAAUGCUGACACCCGGCUCACAUUCCGAGCUCAUGAGGAUGCUGGCUGUGUGUCCCCACAGCGAUAUAAAAGAGCUUUGUGGAUGAAGUCAUCUUUAGAAGAAGGUAUUUCUGUGCUGAAAUCCAUUAAGUUUUCAAGCUCCAAGUGGAAAAAGUUAAUUCCACAAGCUCCUAUAAGUAUUAAUAGAAGCCUUCCUGUCAGUGCCCUGGAUGUCCUUAAGUAUGAAGAAGUGGACAUGGAGUCACUAGCCAGUGUGGUUCCCGAGCCCCUGAAGAAGUAUACUGCAUGUAGAGAGCUCGCCAGAAGACUGAAAAUCGAAGCUACUUAUGAGUCAGUAUUGUUGUAUCAACUACAAGAAAUAAAGGAAGUUCAGCAAGAUGAAGCUUUGCAACUUCCACAAGAUCUAGAUUAUCUAACAAUCAAGGAUGUGUCAUUGUCCCAGGAAGUUCGAGAGAAGCUACACUUGAGUCGCCCACAGACGAUUGGAGCUGCUAGUCGUAUUCCUGGAGUGACACCAGCUGCCAUCAUCAAUCUGCUCAGAUUUGUGAGGAACACUCAGCAGAGACAGACAGCAGUGAUGGAGCACCAGACCAAUCAGUGCUUAUGACGCAAAGGAACUGGGAGACAGAAUUCUAACUUCCAUUGCAUAGGGGACUUGGAUAGAGCCAUGAUUCUCACCCUUCAUAAUGCUGCCACCCUUUAAUACAGUUCCUUGUGUUGUGGUGAGCUGAAAACACAAAAUUAUUUCAUUGCUACUUCAUACUUUGGUACUGUUAUGAAUCAUAAUGUAAAUAUCUGAUAUCGGAUCCCUGUGGGGAUCUCAACCCAUGGGAGGUCCGUUGACUUAGAGAGUAUGAAUAGGAAAUAAAAUGAUACCUGUGAAAA